CCGACAGUUGGCGCAUAGACAACGCGUGAAGGAGAUGUGCAACAACAGUGGCAAAAUCAGUAGUGGCUGCAGUGGCGAACCCACGAGUAGCUGUAGCUGUGUAUGGACAUGCAGCGUCAGUUUACUGCCUGCUAUGGUGCUGUUUCUGGCCUGUCUCCUUGCCGGACAUGCCGGAGAUGCAUUGAAAGUCACUUCAGCCAUCGAGCACGCACCAGCAGUCGUUGGCGCAUCACUCACAGACAUAGACAAUGCCGACAGCAGCCUGGAGCAGCUCAUCGAGCAAAAGUUGAAUGAGUCGAGCAGCAGAGCUGCGCAAUCCUCUGAGCUGUUGUCUCGGAAACGGCGCUAUUUGGUAUUUCCGGAGGGUAGCUCCUUUCAAAUGGUCUACGAUGAGAUUGUGGGCGUUGUGGACCACACGAACUAUUUGAUUCUCGGCAUAACUGUGGCUCUGGCUUGGGAGCUGCCGAGCAAGCCGCCCAGCGAGGAGCUGGAUGAUCUGCUGACCAAACUGGAAGACGGCACGCUGGAUGUUAGUCGCAACGAUACCGUGUCCAACAUUACCUACGUGGACGAUGCCGCGGAAACAACCACCAAAGCGACGUACUACAAGCCAAAUUACAUCAACCUGAGCAGCAGCUCUGUGUCGGGUGCUGCCAGCGACUCCUACUACAGCUCCUCCCCUGUGUUCCGUACGCCCAUGCAUCCAUCCCAUCAGUAUGCAGACAGUUAUUACAGCCGGCCCAAGGGUGGCAGGCGCAAGGACAAUCACUACUAUUACAGCCGCCCGGGGGCUAGUGCCAGCAAUCCAUUCGCCAAGUGGUCAAGACCAAGACCAAGACCCUACACCACAGCACAGAACUCACGUUAUCCCUACUGGGCGCUGAAUUCGCGCCUCAAAGAUCGUUAUUACGGACAGCAAACGGCACCCCCGCAGGCACAGCGACGCCAGGACCCACCAACGACUACGACUACUACCAGUCGCCCCACACGGAAACCGGCACCACGUCAUCAUCACAUAUAUCCGGUGUUUGGCAAACGCAGCCUGCCGGAUGCAGCCAAUCCGCAUCAACGUCAGCGACGCAGUGGAGUGGCCAGCCACCAUGAGGAUGCUGGCAUCAGCCGCCUGGAACAGCUGCAGAUCAAGCAUCAUCGCAGCAGUCGCCAGGCGCUGUAUGAGCGCAUUGAAAAGUAUUUGGAUAAACGCGGCCAUCCUGGCUAUCAUUGUGUCCUGCGCACCCUUUGUGAAACUGGCCAGAAAUCGAAGCAGGAGCAAGAGCCCGGCACCUUUGUGGGUGAACUGAUGCGUGCGGUCUUCACCAUACCCGAGGCCCUGGACCACGAGCCUGUGGCCUAUCGGGACAGCCACUAUGACAAAGCGCAUGCCUCCAGCGGUGACUGUGCCGCGCUCUAUCCCGAGUGCAAGCAGUCCAUGUGGCAGGCACAAUUCAUACAAUAAAACUGCGAUGACCCACAAGGGUUUUUAGGUGC